UGGCCUCACUGUCAAUUCGAGAGCUGCGAAGAGUACGCUCGCGUCUAUUACGUAGUGUGUUUGUAGUGAAGUGUGUUUUGUGAAGAAUUUUCGAAUGUCGUGAAGUGAAACAGAGUGUUGUUUUUCCUCAAAAAGUGCAUAUCGUGUGAUUGGCGUUAUGUUUAUUGUAUAAUUUCAUAGUGUUUAAAUCAAAAUGUGUAUAGCACCGUGGUGUGCAAAAUUGAUUUUUGCCACGUAGUGACGCGAACGGGUAAUGAUUCCUAAUGUGGAGUUCGGAGCAAGAUGGUUAGAGAGACUCGGCACCUGUGGGUUGGAAAUUUACCCGAUAACAUACGUGAAGAUCGAAUAAGAGAGCACUUUAAACGCUAUGGCCGAGUCCAAAAUGUCAAGUUAUUGGGUAGAAUGGAAAACGCGACCGCAGGUGCAAACGGAACGACUAUUUCCGGUUUUUGCGCCACAGUUGCUUUCAUGGACAUUAAGUCUGCUUCGAAGGCGCACAACGCGGAGCACAUACUGGACGAGAGGACUCUUACAACAGAGUAUUACGAGCCCGCAGCGAUACCAUCGGCCGCGGGUGCGCCCUCGGCGGGCUCCUCCCCUGCCGGCUCCGGCUACUCAGGCUCCUCGUCCUCCGUGAACUCGGCGCCUGCGCCCGCUGCCAUCGCACGCUUCCAUUUAUCAGGAGAAGAGAGCGCGGGCAAUGCGUGUGCCAUGGCCGCGUCCGCAGCGGCCCCGGCCACGUGGCGAGGCACCAACGACAGUGCUUCCGAGUUCUGUCGCCGCGGCACCACGCCUACUACCUAUGGCCGCUACCAGCGGCAUAACGCGGCGGCCUCGUACGCCACACCACCCUCCAAUGUCGAAAGAACGACUCCACAUCAUCGUUGGUACGCGAGUGGAGAUCGGGCCACGAGCGGCGGCGCAGCGGGCGUGGGUGGUGCAGUCGGAGGCGCGGGCGGCGGCGAGAGCACGCCGAGCACGCCGGGCGGCGGCACGGAGGGCGGCCGGCGGCGGCGGCGGUCCGGCUCGGGUUCGUCCCGUUCCGACACUAGCUCGCCGGAGCCCAGCGACACGUCUCGCGCCUCCACGCCCGCCGCGCCGCCGCCCGACCGCCGCCUGGGCCCGAGACGUACGCCGCCCAACCAUCUGCACGAGUGGGCGUCGAUAGCGAACGGGCGUCCGCUUGGGAUCUGCGUGCGCAACCUGCCGACGCGGUCCACCGACAGCUCGCUCAAAGACGGCCUCUACCACGAGUACAAGAAGCACGGCAAGGUGGUCUGGGUGAAGGUGGUGGGUCAGAAUGCGGACCGGUACGCAGUGGUGCGGUUCAAGAAGCCGUCCGACGUGGACAAGGCGCUCGAGGUGUCGCAGGACAAAUUGUUUUUCGGCUGUAAGAUAUCCGUGGCGCCGCACCAGGACUGCGACGAGGACUCCGAAUCUGCCAAACCUUACGAGACUGAUAUUGAUGAAUACCAUCCCAAGGCCACCAGGACUUUGUUCAUUGGUAACUUGGAAAAAGACGUAACACAACAACAGUUGAGAGAUAAAUUCAAGCACUACGGGCGGAUAAUUGAAAUCGACAUAAAGAAAGGAAGCGGCGGGGGCGCGGGCUAUGCCUUCUGCCAGUACCAGUCGAUAUCCAGCGUCGUGGAGGCGAUACGCGCCAUGGACGGCGAGUACGUAGGCGGUUCGCGCGUCAAGCUCGGCUUCGGCAAGCCCGUCGCCACCACCUGCGUGUGGGUCGACGGCCUCACGGAGCACACCGAGAAACAGGUGCUGAGCGCGGUGUCGCGCUGCGGCGCGGCGACGUCGGUGUGCGUGGACCGCGCGGCGGGCGCAGCGCUGGUGCACUUCGAGCAGGCGGCGGCGGCGGGCGCGGCGGUGCGCGAGCUGCGCCGCGUGGCCGCGCUCGCCUCCGCCGCCGAGCCCGACCACCCGCGCCUCGCCGUCGACUACGCCUCGCGCGAGUGUCAGGAGGCUUUCUAUGAACAACUGGAGAAACAUGGUGGUUCGGCGACCAUGCCUGGGUCUGAAAGAUUGACGGGUGAUCUCAGCACGCGCUUCCUACCCUCUACUAGGCAUGACCAGCUCAGGUACGAUGGUGCCAGAACGCGGACUCCGAGUUUUAGUCGCGCCACUUCACGGACUCCCCGCUAUCCAACGCAUGAACAUUACGACCCUGCGGAGUAUGCGGCCGAUAGGCGGUACAGGGUGUAUGAAGAGCUUGGGUCGAGUCCACAGACUGAUGAGACGCCAUACGAAGAUCGCUUGCAGUCAGUGGUAGUUUCACCUCAUCGGACACACAGACAUCGGCGAGACUCGAGUCCCGAGGACAGGAAACAUUCAAAGGAGCGACAUAGAAGUGUCGGCGGGAGCUCCCGGCGGUCGCGGUCAGGGUCGCGCGGCGGGUCGGCGCAUGGGUCCCGGAGGCGGCACCGCCGGAGAAGAGACGGCUCGGAGUCGCGGGGCUCGCGCGCCGGCACCCCGCUGCGCGACGAGCCCGAUGCGCCGCCCGCCGAGCCACGCCGCCCGCCGCGGGAGCGCCCGCCGUUGCCCAUGAGCUUACCGCUGCCCAAGUUUGCGGCGCAGCUGCUGCGGGCGGCGCCGCCCGCCCCGCGCCCGCCGCAAGCCUCCGCACCCGACUCGCCGCCGCGCCCGCCCUCCGCCUCCUCCUCCAGUACCGGCUCCGCACCCCACUCGCCCUCCCUGGAGGAGCGUAUUCGAAGUCUCGACGAGAAGUACGAAAAAUGGAGUGGCUCACGAGCGCUUGCAGAUGCUCCCGAUCGCGCUCGACUUCGUCAUCGACUACUCGAAGUCGAUAUAAAUGAAGUUAAGCCAUCGGAGGUUGUGCGAUCCCUGCUUGCUAAGCGAUCGGUGUUCGAUGAAGACUCGGAGCGAUUGGAAGGGGCGACGCGACCCCCGAGCCCGGACGGGAGUCCUCAUGGACGUCCAUCUCCUUGUCCUUCUCGGGCUCUUCGAUAUCCUUUUCCGACCCAUCCUUCACACCCGCCUCCUGUACCACCGGUGACAUCAUGUGGUUCGACAUCUUGUUCCGUCCCUUUAGCGUUGUCUAAUAAUGCACCCCCUUCGCCACUGUGUCCACCGCCACCUGAAUGCGACAUAGAGCCUUCAGACAGGCCGGCGGAUCCCCGCCUUAAUAGACCGGAAAGACCUUUCAAAUUAGAAAAACUUGGAAAAUUUAAUGAGAGUGAUUAUAGAGCCGAUUCACGAGUCCGCUUAAGAACACCUUCUGUUGACAAACUACAGAACGAAUUAACAGAGCCCAAAACCUCACCUGGGUCUGACAAAGAUAGAGUAGAGCCUGAUAAAGAAUGCAAACGAGAAACUGAAAGCAGAAAACGAGAUUUAUGUCUCCUUGGACGAGAGCAGCAUUCGAAGCCACUUACUAAGGAUGUGUUUAAAGACUGUUUUGAUAAGAUCGACUCUGUUAUUCAAAAUAGAGAACGUUUGCCAAACCACGAUAUGGACGAUGGAUUAAAAAAGAUCGAGGACAACUAUCCAUCUAUACUUAGUUCUAUUAAAACCGAAAAAAACACCAAUCAUAUUGAACUUUCUUCUGUAAAUGAUAGUAACACUAAUUGCAACCAUAUUGAAUCUGAAGGAAAACAAGAUAACGAAGAUUUGUUAAUAUUGGACGCAUUGUCUAGCAAACAGAACUCCGAAGAAGACUUGUUUUUUAAACGUGGACAUCAUAUAAAGUUAGAAACACCUAAAGAUAAUACGACAGGAAAAUUUGACUGUGAAAAUAAAUUAGAUAAUUGUUCUCAGUUAUUGAACACUUUUGAUAAGAGGAAUAUUGUAGGAAAAGAACCUCAAUUAUCAAAUCACUUAAAUGUAGUAAAUUAUGUGGAAACUAAUAAUAAAAAUGACACACACUUUGAGUUUAAAAAUAAUGAAAACAACAAAGAAAAAUCAAUUUCAAAUUUGUUUGAUUGUUUCAGUAAUCAACUAUUACAAAAAGAGAAUGAAGAAUUGGCCCAUUCGGAACCUAGACUUGAUGUUACAUCAAAUACGCUGGAUAAAAAGUUUGUUGAAUCGAAAACUGUUGAAGAUACUAUUCGAAGCGAUCACGAAAAGCUAAAACAUUGCAAAGAGCGCACAGAAAAGGACAAGCAUGAUUUAGAUAAAGAAAAGUUAAGGAAGAGCAAUAAAGUGGAAAUGCAUGAUAAAGAUAAAAAAAUAAAAGAGGAAUCAAGCAAGCAUAAAACACAUUCUGAAAGGUUGGAUAAAUCAAAAUCGGAAAAAGAUACCCCAGAAAGAUAUGAGAAAGAUAGUGAAAGGACUAAGCAUAUUGAUGAGAAGUUACGUCAAGAAAAUCAUAAAAAAGACAAAGCAGAUAGGGAUAAGAAAAAGGAAAUCAUCGAAAAUGAGGUCGGUAAAUCAAAAAGGGAAGACAAAUAUAAGUCAGAACGAGUGAAAAAAGACAAUUUGGACAAUAAACGGGAUCAUGCUAAAAAGGAACAUGACUCAAAAAGUAGUAAAUCUAGGGACAAUAGUUCAAGAGAUCUAUGUCGUAAGGAUUCUACUGACUCGUCUACUUCAAGGGCGUCUCAUGACUCCUUGAAAACAAAAGAUUUAGAUAACGAGAUAAGAGAAGAAUCUAAGACGAAAGCUAAAAUAUGUACCGAUCAUGCAGCAAAAUACAAUUUAGAAAAAGACUCAAUGCAAAAAUGUAAUGAUUCCAAAAUUGACAGUAAACAAAAAGUGUUAAAGCAUGAUACAAAAGAGGAUAAGCUUUGUUUGGAUGGCAAUUUUAAAAACAAAAUUGAAAAUAUUUCUGAACAUAUUACUAAAAGCAAGACUGAUCUAAGUGAAAAACAAAGACAUUACUCUCUGGACUCCCCUGUUGUUGACUGUAAACGCAAAGAACGUCUAAAUUCUUGUUCAAGUUUACCCCCAAACAUAGGCAAUAAAAGGCGAUUAUCUUCGCAGGAUAGCCUUGAUUGCCUUGAAGAUAUUAAAAAGUGUAAGAGUGACAUAAAGAGUCUCGAAAGGAGAGACUCUAAAGAUCGCGGAUCUGAGAGACAUAAAACGACAAAAUUCAAUAAAGGACAUUUUGCAAAAUUAAUAGAAAGCAAAACCAAAGAUGAUAAAAAAAAUCUAGUUAAGCCACCGGAUGAGGGUUUUGUGGAUAUCAAGGAUAACGAAAUUAAGGAAACAUCAGACAAAGUAAAACAUUUUAAGAAAAGUCCUAAACCACACGACUUUGACAAAUCAAAUGAUAGUUCUGUUAUACAUUCUGACGCUUUACAAAAUAAUUUUGAUUUUUUAGCUACUUUGGAAUUAAGAUCAAGUGAAGAAGAUGAGAAACAAAAAGCUCUCAGAAAAGAAAUGAAAGAAAAAAAACGUAUACAACAGCUACAGCAAAUACAGGAACUGCAAAUGCAACAAGAUGCGUUGCAGCAAGCUGAAAUAUUAAAUAAACUUAAAGAAGAUAAAAAACAAAAAAGUGAUGAAAAGAAAAAAGAACUAGUGAGAGAUAAACGCAUGUCUACUGAUCGCAAGAGUAAAGACGAGAAAACCGAACACAAGCGGAAGCAUCGCAAACCAAUCCACAGCACAGACAGUUCUGAUUCUGACGAACCUAAAAAGCAUUCUAUUUUUGACAUUGUUGACGAUGGACCCACCUACAUAUCAAUGUACGAUAAAGUAAAAGCUCGUUCCUGCAAAAAUAUGCAAAAACAAGAAGAAGAAAAACGCCAAGAGAAAAUUAAAGCUAAAUUUAGUCAAUUAAAACGAAGUAGAGCAAAACGGGAAGAAAAGAAAAGAUCCAGUUGGGAUGAAGACAGUGAUUCUGAACAUGAUAGAAGAAAGUCUUUUAAAAACUCAAUGGAUAGUUCUUCAGAAGAUGAACAAACCGUUCAUCAUAACAAGAAACGCGAAAAGUCUCUAACUUGCUCAGACUACGAUCAUGUUAAAGGCAUUGAUUAUUUCAAUGGCCCAACAACUGAAGACGAAUGUCGCAAUAAGCUUUCUCGAAAAAAUUCUCGAACUCGCAUCAUGUCUGAUACUUCGGAUGAUGACAGUUCAAGAAGAAAUUUUACUAGAAGUCCACAUUAUGCUCCAAAAAUAAAGAAAGAAGUCCUUUCUGAUCCUGAGUCUCUUCACAGUAAUAAAGAUACAAAUAACCCUCUAAAGGAAUUGAACGAUGACAAGAUAAAGAAAACGUCCCUAAUAAAUCUUUUUGGGAAAUCUGAUUCAGAUGAUCACAAAGUAAAAUCCCAAGAGAUCGAUGAUAUAGAUUAUAAGGUUCAUAAUUUGAAAACAAUUUCUAAUGAUUUUUCGUCUGAAUCUGAGUCAAUUACUUCUAACCGAAAUAUAUCAGAGAAUCGGAAAAAGCAUAAGAAGAAGCAAAAGAGGCAUAAAUCGUCAUUUUCGGAUGACGAAGUAAAACCGGAGAGUAAUAAUGAAUUAGAUUCCGACGUCAAGUACAAAAAUUCAGAAAAAGUAAGGCGCCAUACUGCUAAAAAAGACAAACGCAGGGACAAGAUCCGCGAAAGCGUAGAUACUGACGAAGCUCAAAUAAAGGAUGAAAAAUCAAAACACAAAAAGGAUAAAAAGUCACCAAAUAGCUCGUUUGAAUUACUUCAUGAAUUAUGUCCCAAUGCUAAAAAAGAGGGAAAAAUGGAGGAUAUUUUUGGACCUUUAUCCGAUGAGUCCGAUAAAGAAUGUCGUAGUCGUAAAUCAUCUGGAAACAAAUUGGAAUAUGCAACACAAGAUUUAGAAUCUAUGAAUGCCCAAUGUGACAAAUCAAAUUCUUUAAUAAACACAGACGAAUAUAAAAUACUGGAUAAAGAGGAUAACAAACGAAGGAAGGACAAGAGGCGAAAAGAUAGAAAAUUCUUGAAUAAAGAUGACGAUAAUAGUUUGGACGUAGAUGCUGUCAGUAAAGCUAUUGAAGCUAGGUUAUUCGCGGAUUCACUAAGCAAUGAUGAUAGCCAUGCAAACACAGGCUUAUAUGAAAAUCAAGCUUCACCAGAACAAAGUGAUCACAAGUUUGAUGAAAUUGCACCCAAGAGUGACUAUUCCAAAUCGAACGAAAAACAGUAUGAUAGGUUUAAAAAAGAAUUUAAGGAUAGAGAAAAAAGAAAAAAGAGAAAGAGGAAUAAAGAAGACCGACAAAAUCGCCGCGAACAUCACCACUUUCAUCAUCAUGAUAAAAGUAAGUCGGAAGACCUAGUGCCUCCGGUACACUCUGAGGAAAUGCCUAAAACAUUACUUAAAGACAUACCUUUACCUGCUGAGAUACAGAAAGUUGAAUCCUCCGAUAAUUCAGAAGAUUCCAGGUUGGCACUAGAAUCUCAGAGUUUGCCUAGAUUAACUGAUACACCUCCUAUGUUGGUACUAGAAGAUGGGAUAAAACAUGAAUGUGACUCUAAUAAGAUUAUGAUUGUUGAAACAGAGAAUGAUAUUCAGCAUAUAAAAACUAUUGAAAUUAAAGAAAUUCCGAUGCCGCCCCCAUACAAUAACACAAUUGAAAAUAUUAGUGAAGUUCCAUUGCCUAAAGAUCCGCCUAAUAUUGAACACAAAAUAGAUAAUUUUAUUAAUGUUAUUGAAAUUGACGAUAAUGAAACUGCAGUCCGUAGUAUUUCAAAUUUAGAAAAGGAAACUGAAAAACCUGUUGAAAAAGUUGAUCCACAUUCCUGCAAAGUUGAUAAGAAACUAGAAGAGAAGCCUAGAGCUAUAAUUUCUCAGGAAGAAACAGAGGAUGCCGUCGCCGCGUUGUUAGGUGAAAGUUUCGGUGGCAAAGAAGAUUCUUUCAACACUUGUUACGAAAAAGUCGAAAAUAGUAGUGUCCGCGAAAUUGAAAUCGAGAAUACAACUAUAGAAAAUGACAAUAUUCCUGAAGAAGACGCAGAAGAAAUGCGACAAGCUGUGCAAAACCUUAACGCAAGCGAAAUGGAAAUAAAGCCCGACACUCCCGUUUCUGAUAACGACUUAUUGUUAAUUGAUACAGACACAGAAGAGGCAGAAGAUACUAGCCAAGAUGCGAUUGAAAGAUUACCUGUUAAUAUAAUCGCUACUAAUCAAUCUCUGAACAACAAUACUAAAGUUAGUACUUCUAAAGUAGAAGAAGUUCCUAUUGCUGUCAUAUCAAAACCAAAGACAACUGUUGUCUCUUGUAAUAAUUCUGAAACAGAUGAAACUAAAUGUAGAGAAUCUAAUGUCACUUGUUCGUUACCCAAAAGAGACACGACUGUGGAUCAGCCUACAUCCACUGCAACACCAGUGAUUACCUCGUGGACAUUAUCUAAUAAGAAAUUGUUGGAACCACAGUUAUUAAAUAUAUCGUCUAGUCCAGCACUGUGCAGAGAUACAAAUGACAAAAAACCCACGCAUGUAGCUGCCAAUAUUGUUCAAAUAAAGACGUCAACGAAUCAAGUUAAUAACCAAACCAAACCAGUCCUCAGUGCAACAAGAGUCAGUGCACCAUAUCAAGUUAUUAAUCACAUGAUCCGUCCGCAGAUGGCGAAUAUGCAACCUCCUACAAUCAAAAUACCAGAGUCUCAUAUUCUAUAUCAAAAACAACAAGGCAUUGUGAUUUCCCCCAGGGCAAAUAGUGAUCCGCGAUUGACAAGUCCGAAAGCUAGCCCUCAAGGAGAUAAUGUGACGUCUCCAAGAUUAUCAAGUGUGGCCAUUCUGAGUCCAUCACCGCCAAAUUUAAAUACUGUUGGCAUAAAAUCGUCAAAUACUCUUCCUCAACGAUCUCCAAGUCAAGUUACUGUUGUGCGAAUGCAGCAACCGCCUUUAAGUCCAAUCCAAACGAUGCACAUACCUGUUGGUGCGAGAACAAUGGUAUCACCUAGUCGGCCAAAUUCAGUUUUAGUUCAAACCCAAGGUGCUCCUAUACAUUUAAAUCGCUUACCAGUUGCUCCAGUGAUGACCCCUAUUUCAAAACAAGUUUGUGCAACCAACUUGGUACACCAAAAUAAAACCAGCAACGUGAAUAGUUCGUCUGUAUCGAAUCAACCUUCGAUUUUACCACCAGAAUGUAGAAAAAAUGAUAGAAAUGUUCCGGAAAACAUUGCUGAAAAUACAAAAAUAAUUCUAUCCCCAACACGAAUACAACCAAAUGCUACAGUUUUGACACAGAAUCGUUUUAUUUCUAUGCCAAAUGCUAUACAUUCUGGAAAUAUAAAUCCAACCUUGCAAAUGCCCAAUAAAAUAGUGAUUAAUAAAAGUUCAAUGUUUGAUAAGCAGGAAAGUCAAAGUCUAAAUUCUGAGCAUAGUCACAUCAGUUUUAACAACAAACCUAUAAUUCAUGUGGCAAAUGUUAGUCACUCAGGAGCGUCUAUAAUUCAGAGUGGAUCAAAACCAGUAAUGUGUACAAUUCAAGAAGCAAGCCCUAUUAAUAGAGGACAGGGAUCUAACGUUAUACACACUUUCAAUUCUCAAAGAAUGUUAACAUCUUUAAAUAAUGUGAUACAAUUGGAUUCAAAUAAAAUUCCAGCAUCUGUUUUAUCUGUUGCUAAUAUCAGACCAUCGACGGUUCUUACUAAAACAGACAGUAAAAACUGUAUAGCUGCUACAACGCCUAGUCUUACAAACGUUGUUAUGACGCCAUUAAUAUUAACGACCACUACAGGUGCGAAAACACCCAUUAGAAUUAAUCUGAAAAAUGAUACGGAUCACGUGGAAACCAAUUUUGGAAUGCCAUUAAAAAAUAAUGUAACACAUGACAAAGAAAAUGUUAUAACUGGACAAAAAGAUUUUGUUUUCUCGAAUCAGAGUGGUUGCGACAAGGACCUAAACAAGCAUGCAACCACUACGGUCGAAGAUGAAGGUGGCAAUAAAUGUGAAACAGAUUUCGAGGAAUUACUAAAAGAUAACACAAAUGAAAUCAAAGUUACAAACGAUCCCGAAAAGAAACUUGAAAUCAAUGUCGGAAAAACAGUUACAUUAAUUACACAUUGCAGGGAAAGAAAAAACAGUGACAACAUAUCGGAGAAAGAAGAGAGCACUAAAGUUCCUAUGUUAAACGAAUGUAAUGAAAAUGGUGUUCCAGUGAACAACAAAAACGAUUCAAUGAGUAGCCAAAACGAUAGUACAGAUAUAUUGAACACGGCUAAAGAUCCUUUAAUUAAAAAAAGCGAAGACUCUGUUUCAAGUGAAAACGUAGAAAAAAGUGAGACAAAUAUUAAUUUUAUGGCAAGUAGCAUGAAAUCGGAACCUGAAAAAGUCAUCCAAAAAGAAACUAUCAAAUUGAAUAAAGAAAAUACUUUUGGUUACUCGAAUAUGUUAUCAACUGGAAAUGAAAUUAUUAGUAAAACUAAAAGUCUAGACGAAAACGAUUAUUGGUCAGCAAAGGAUAUUAAUAUAGAAUCGGUAAUUAAAAAAGUUGAUUCAUUGUGUAACGAUAACAUUGAAUUAAAUGAGAAAAGAAAUGAUUUUAAAACAAAUACAACUGAAGUGAUUACUUCAAUUGUAACUUAUCCCGUUAUUCCUACCAAUUGUGACGAGCCAAUGAAACAGCUCGAUACACAGAAUGAUAAUGUAAUUAUUAGUCCACUUGAAGAUCUGAUUGUUGAAAAACAAAUUACACCAACCAGUAAAAGAGGGGGUCGAGGUGCUAGAGGUAAAAGAGGUGAACGAAAGCAAGAUAGAGUACAGACACGGCAAAUUACGAAACCCGCUCGAGGCACUGGCACAGGUAAACGCGGUCGAGGUCGAGCUAAAGUUGAUAAAAAAAUUAAAAGCUUAGUGAAUAGUUCUGCGAAUAAUAUGCCCGGAGACGUCUAUGACUUUCACGAAGAUUCUGGUGAUGAAACGGCUACUUCACCAAACAAAAACGAAACAAGACCGAGGCUAAUUCUCACAAUCAAAAGUCCUUUAUCUGGAAACUCUAAUGUUAUCGCUUCAUCGACCCUCAGCAUUGCGACUAAAGAUCAGGAAGAUCGAAUUAAGAAUAGCGAUAAAAGUAACAAAGAAGAAAAAACUGAAAAUUUUGCAUCUCCCUCGCCUAAUACUAGAAAAUCAAGAAGGUUGCAAGAAAAAGAUGUUCAACGUAUCAAUGUAUUCGAUGUAAUAGAUGAUCCAAUUAAAGGUCUUUUGCAGACCAAAACUAAGGAAAGUCCUAAAAGGCGGCAAACUAGGCAAGCACUUCCCAAAGCCGAUAAGGUGCAAAACGCGGACACGAGGAAAUCUCCAAGAGGUGUUAAAAGAACCAGGGAUAGAAGCUUGUCAGAUGCAUCUGUAGACAGUUGUGACGAGAAAUUGAAAAAAGAAGAAGUUAUCAGAGACACUAAGAUCCAAAAGUUGACUGAGACAACCCUGGUCAACAAGCCCGAAUCAGAACCCGUCCAAGUGAUAAAAACUGCCCCGUCGUUGGUUAUCGCUCAGACGCCGAAUCCGACACCGAUUCCGGCAUCAGCAUCAGCACCAGCACCAGCACCAACACCGGCACCGGCGGCGGGGGCCCAGCAACACCCGCUGCACCCGCACCACCCGCAUCACCCGCACCAACCACAUCACCAGCACCACCAGCACAUCCAGCAACAUCACACCGUGCCAGCAGCUCGAGUCACCAUUACGAGCGUGCCGUCCAUCAGUCCACAGAGCCAAAUGUCUCGUGGCGACGGAAUGUAUCCUCACUUCUCGCACCAACACUAUCAGGUGUAUCAACAACAUUUCCGCGCCACGCAGCACGAAAGUCGAGCUUCACCUUCACCCUAUACCAGAUCGCUGGAGGCGGAGGGCUCGGAGGCGCCCACGCCGCCGCUGGAGCUGCGCCGGCCGCCGUCGGCCCGCGUGCCGCGCCCCUCGCACUCGCCCGCGCACUCGCCCGCGCCCGCAGACCGCCUGCUCAUGUGCGAGCCAAAUUGCCGACCACCUGCCGCGCACGCAGCGCACGCUGCUCAUGGGACGCAUGCAUCGCACGGGACGCACGCGCCGCACGUGGUGCACGGCGGGCACGGCGCACACCUGCCCGCCGCGCACCUGCCCGCCGCGCUGCCGCCGCCCGCCGCGCCCGGCCCGCCGCACGCCUCGCAGGUGCCGCGCGAGGCGGACUCGCUGCAGAUGCUGCUCCGGCGCUACCCAGUGCUGUGGCAGGGGCUGCUGGCGCUGAAGAACGACGCGGCGGCGGUGCAGAUGCACUUCGUGGGCGGCAACCCCGCGGUGGCGGGCGACACCCUCACCGACGGCUGCACCUCGCUGCUGCGCAUCGCGCAGCGCAUGCGCCUCGAGCCCGCGCAGCUCGACCAGGUGCACCGCAAAAUGAAGCUGGAGAGCGAACACUGCAUUCUGCUGGCGCUGCCGUGCGGCCGCGACCACAUGGACGUGCUGCAGCAGUCCAACAACCUCAGCAGCGGCUUCAUCACCUACCUGCAGCGCAAGCAGGCCGCCGGCAUCGUCAACGUGGCGCCGCCGGGACACCACCAGGCCGUGUACACAGUACACAUAUUCCCAUCGUGCGACUUUGCGAAUGAAAAUCUGAAUCGCAUCGCACCCGACCUAAUGCACCGAGUGGCCGACAUCGCCCACCUCCUCAUCGUGAUCGCUACCGUUUGAGGCGAGCGGCCCGUGCACACGCCGACGCCGCGACACGCCCAGACACCCCGCGACACGCCGAGACAUGCCGAGACACGCCGAGAUACGCCGAGACACGCGACACACGCGUGACGCACUCGACGAGCAAGGACUGACACCGAGCGGCGACGCCGCUGCAAACUUUGGAAGAGAACUUGAAUAAGCAUUGUAAAUAUGGCCAGGUUGUGAAAGUUCGUUUAGGUAGUUCCGUUAGGGCAGCGAGGUGGCAGCGAGGUGCGCCGCCCCUCACUGCUAGAUGUAAGGUGUAGCUUUGUAAAAUACUUUUGUUAUGGUCGACUGGGUUCGGCCCUAUUCGGAGUUUAAAAAAUUUAAAGGUACAGUAAAGUCAGUUAAUUAAAAAUAUAUUUAAUUUUGGGUUCCGAUAAGAUGAGUGGCGAUCUAUCGAGCAUUUUUAAUCGUUAGUGUAAAUUGUUAUUUUGUUUUAAGCGCCUAGCUCUAAAGUAAUUUAAAUUUUUGUAAAUACUGAAUCUAUCCAUAACUAAAGUUCGGUUUAUAAUACUUAGAAUCGUUACGGUAGGUAAUGGUAACGAUAACCGGGUCGAAUGAUAACCGUUAAUUUGUAAAAACGAUAGUUAAACGGUAUGUUUAUUUGAUAAGUAAAAUACACGUGGAAAAUAAACUGUGAUUCUGACUUUUUAAAGUAGGCUUGUAGUUAGUUCUAUGGAGUAUGAAUAAGAUGGCGCGCGGGCGGCGUCGGGACCGAGCGCUGCCUCGCGCCGCACGCGCCCCACGCGCCCCACGCGCCCCACGCGCCCCACGCGCCCCACGCGCCCCACGCGCCUCACGCGCAUCACGCGCAUCACGCGCCCCACGCCGUGUCUUUAACCUUACAUCCAAUCGUAUAGAAUACUGUAAAUAAUCAUAAUACAAGCUGUUCGUUCCAUGCUAAGUGAAAUUCCGACGGUGUUUGUUUUUGCACAUGUAACAUUUUUUUGCGUUUGGCUUGGCCGUGCAGGUAUACCUCCGCAUCUAUCGAUCACUACGUCAGCGUCCAUUGUUUCAUUUGCCAAACACUUCUACAGUGACAAUAUUGUAUCGGCUAAUUUUUCAGACCAUAUUACUGCAAAAUGCGAAAUGCAAAAACUGACAAUAUUGUACUUCUCAUAAAGUUUUAACUGUCUGCAUCCGAUGUCUACUAACUAGUUAUACAAUCGCGCGCACGUCCGAGCCACGCCCGGCGCGGGAGAUGGGCUGCGGCAUGCAGGCGGCGGCCCUCUGGAACAACCUUUACUAUAGUUUUUGUCGUCAUUUAUGAAAAUUGUGUACUUUUACAUCAUAGUUUAUUUUUUUAUUAUUAACUUAUGUAACAAGCUUACGUUAAUUGUUCGAAUAUGUCGUAUGUCAUGAGCUGGCGCGGCCGGGCGAGGCCGGGCAGGCGAGGCGAGGCUUGUCGCCGACUGCAGAUGUCGGUUCGCCUAAUAUAGUUGGAAAAUGUGCGGCGCACUUGUCGUGCAUAAAAUAAAGUACAAAGUAUUUAUGUAUUGUAAUUUUAUAUGUACGGUAUAGAAAGUAACAAAACAAGUAACGUUAUGUAUAUUCUUUUUAGGAUUUAAUCUAUAGAUAUAAAAAAAUGAUAUUGUUUGUCAUGUUUCCGUCGCAAACGGUUCUCGACUUAGCUAGGAAGAGCACUAACGAACUCGUCACUUCGUCCAUUACUUUUAACAUAAUUUUAUUACUAAAACUGAUGUGGAUGCCCGAAUGUAAACUCUAUUUAUUAUAAUUUGGGUUCCUUAUAAAGGAUAGCGGUGUAAAUAAAUCGUCACAGAUAGCGGUUCAGUAUUUAGACUGUUGUGGUUAUUACGGAUUAUAGACCGCGUAUAGUGUGAUUGUGCGGUAGCAAAUUGUAUAAAUUAUAUUCAUUACGGUAGUCUCGCAUCGGUGUCGAGUAUGAUUUCGUCAUUUCGUCAAUCCGAAUGAAUCUGUGUGUAGGACCGCCGACAGUCGACAGUCGACAGGCGACAGCCGACAGCCGACAGCCAUAAGCUAUCACUGGUUCCGGUCUUAUACACAUUUAAAUUCGCUUAAUGUUAUACACUGUCUCAAAUGUCAAUUAAUGUUCACAUUUAUAUAUUUUCAUAAAAAAAAAUCUUAUGGCUAUAAUCAAGAAAAAUUGUCACUAAUUCUCUUGUUUAAAAAGAGUUAGCCAUGAAUGCAGAUAAAAGACGAGUUUACCUAAUUAGCAAUAUGAGAAGUAUAAUAUAGUUUUGUUUCAAACCGUUCUCGAAAGUGAAAUUUAGAAUAAUCCACUUCACUGUGUCUUGAUUGUUUUAGUGAAGAGACAGUAAAGUUAUAUUUAAGAUUGGGCAAUGUCAUCCUCUCAAUAACUUGUGUAAUUGUACUCGGGAAUGAGUUAUGGACGGGAUGACUUUAACAGCGGCAAGUUAGGGGAGGCGGCCGAUGCCGGUGUGCGAGUUGAUAGAGUUUAAAUAAUUGUAAAAUUAACAUUUGAUCUCAAGUGUGCAGCAAAAGUGCGGUGAGCGCUAGAGUAGUUGUAUCCACGGAGCAUGUACAGAGAGAGAGAGCCAGUCAGCCCUGGGGUAGUAAAAACAAAUCAGUGGUUAUUGUCAGGAUGUUUUGGAUUUUCUAUCGGCUGUGUGAAUCCAAUAUCCAAAUUCUCUGUAAGUGCUCCGCGGAAAUAUCGCAUCGACCGCAUUCCCGCGCCGCCGCCGCUUUAACUGAAUUUAAUUGUAGCAGAGAAUAAGAAAAUAAAAAUAUUGUGAUCAUAUUUCUACUUUAAGUUUAAAAAGCUAGGACCUAGAUAUAAUUGUAUAUUUUGUACAUAAUGAAAAUAGUAUUGUAUCUUUACUCCCUUAUCCAAAAAGCCCAGACUCCUGCGUGUUAUGUACCUCCUACCUACCAAUACUAUUAAAAAAAAAACAUUACAUAAAA